AGGGUAAAUGGAAGUGAAUUUUCAAAUUAGGGCAAAUAUCUGAGUUUGUCCAUUUGCAAAGCAAGCUCAUAACCCUUUUUUAUGGGUUUUAGGGGUAAUUUUGGCAGUAAAAUAUAUGUUAUCCAUUUCCUUUAUCAUAUCUAAACCUCUCACUAUAUGCUCAAGGCUACAACUUUCCACAGUUUCAACACAAAUUGAAUCAAAUUUCAAAGAAUCUUCACGAAAUUAUGGGUGAAAGUAAGCAAGGAGUUAUGGUGAUGGAAAUUCCAACGAAGGCCGGCGGAAUUAUGGGCCAGAGGGAGCAGAAUCCGAUUGCAGUGGUGCAGGCCAAGUUCAAGGAACUGGAGAGUGUGUUCAAGGGUUGGUUGGCCAAGCAGUCGUUACCUGUGGAGGCCGCCGUCGUCACCACCACCAGCGCCGCCCAGGGUGCCGCCAUCGGAGCCUUCAUGGGAACUUUGACUGGUGACUCCACCUCCCUGUUUACGCCUCCGACUGAGGGUGUCAACUUGAACCCCGAAGCCAUGGCGUCUCUUAAACAAGCCCAGGCUCUUGCAGGAGGUCCCUUGAUACAAGCCCGCAAUUUUGCUGUCAUGACAGGUGUCAAUGCUGGCAUUUCGUGUGUCAUGAAAAGAUUGAGAGGCAAGGAGGAUGUUCAAUCUAGUAUGGUUGCAGCUUUUGGUUCUGGGGCCAUGUUCUCAUUAGUUACUGGGAUGGGUGGGCCAAAUCAGGCAGCAAAUGCUGCUACUUCUGGUCUUUUCUUUGCACUCGUUCAAGGCGGCCUUUUUCAGUUAGGACAGAAGUUCUCACAACCACCAACUGAAGAUGUGAAUUAUUUGAAAACAAGAUCCAUGCUGAGCUGCCUUGGCUUGCAGAAUUAUGAGAAGAAUUUUAAGAAAGGAUUGUUGACUGACAGCACUUUGCCAUUGCUGAAUGAUAGUGCUCUCAGAGAUGUGAAAAUACCUCCUGGACCAAGACUCCUUAUUCUUGAUCAUAUAGAGAGGGAUCCAGAGCUGAAAGAAAGGCGAAGAGGUAGCCAUUGAAUUAUUGCUAGAAACCAUUCCUUAAAUAUGCUUGUUUAAUUAUGAAAUAGUUUCCAUUCUUCUAAAUGAAGAGACGACAAUUUUGUUAUGUUACCAUGUUGCAUGAUGAAAUAUUGUCAUAUACUUGCAUUUUCGACUUGGUACAAGUUAUUUUAUGAUCGACAUUUUCCCCAAA